AUGUCAGAAAUUGUGGAUACGGAGCUGCUGGUGAACUGCACCAUUCUAGCGGUGCGUCGCUUUGAGCUGAACAGCAUCGUGAAUACAACGCAACUGAAUAGCUACAAUCGCACAGAGGUGGUCAGCCUGCUGGCAGGGUUCAUCGAGAAUCGAGACAAUCUCGAGAGCAUCGACGAGGCAAAAGACUUUCUCACCGAGUGCCUGUUCCCAUCGCCGACGCGUCCGUACGAGUUGCCAUGGGAGCAGAAAACGAUUUGGGCCAUCGUUUUUGGCCUGAUGAUGUUUGUGGCCAUAGCUGGCAAUGGAAUUGUUCUUUGGAUUGUAACAGGACAUCGCAGCAUGCGAACGGUCACAAAUUACUUCCUGCUGAACCUUAGUAUCGCCGACCUGCUCAUGUCCUCGCUGAACUGUGUCUUCAAUUUCAUAUUCAUGGUAAACUCCGAUUGGCCUUUUGGCUCGAUUUAUUGCACCAUCAAUAAUUUCGUGGCCAACGUGACGGUCUCCACGUCGGUAUUCACGCUCGUGGCCAUCAGCUUUGACAGGUACAUUGCCAUUGUGCAUCCGCUGAAGCGUCGCACAUCCCGUCGGAAGGUACGUUUCAUACUGGUGAUGAUCUGGGCACUCAGCUGCGUGCUAUCGGCUCCCUGCCUUCUCUACUCCAGCAUCAUGACGAAGCACUACUAUAAUGGAAAAUCACGAACUGUUUGCUUCAUGAUGUGGCCGGAUGGACGUUAUCCCACCUCAAUGACGGACUAUACCUAUAAUCUGAUUAUAUUGGUGCUGACAUAUGGCAUACCCAUGAUUGUGAUGCUCAUCUGUUACUCAUUAAUGGGUCGAGUGCUGUGGGGCAGUCGUUCGAUUGGCGAGAACACGGAUCGGCAAAUGGAGUCCAUGAAAUCCAAGAGGAAAGUGGUGCGCAUGUUCAUAGCGAUUGUCUCGAUAUUUGCCAUCUGCUGGCUGCCCUACCACAUGUUCUUCAUCUAUGCGUAUCACAAUAACCAAGUGGCAUCCACAAAGUAUGUGCAGCACAUGUAUUUGGGCUUCUAUUGGCUGGCAAUGUCCAAUGCCAUGGUGAAUCCCAUCAUAUAUUAUUGGAUGAACAAGAGAUUCCGCAUGUACUUUCAACGCAUCAUUUGCUGCUGCUGCGUGAGCUUCACCCGCCAUCGUUUCGACUCGCCCAAGAGUCGACUGACCAACAAAAAUAGCUCCCAUCGUCAUACAAGAGCCGAAAACAAGAGCCAGUGGAAGCGCAGUACAAUGGAGACACAGAUCCAACACCCACCGCCGACCACCACAUCCUCCAGGGGACAGGGAAGGGACAGCCGUCAGCCGCUGUCCAUGAAGAGCAGCAUCAACCGUACGGCCGUGGAGUGCAUUAUGGAAAAGCCAGCGGAUGAUAAUAGUUCUAACCUCUGUCUAUCCAUCAACAAUAGCUUGGGUGAGCGGCAGCGCGUGAAAAUCAAGUACAUCUCCUGUGACGAGGACAAUAAUCCAGUGGAAAGCAGCGGCCCCAAGCAGCUCUGA